AAUAUUCCUCAUUCAAUGAGAUUGCUUCUCGGAAUACAAGUCGGCAACAAGACUAAACAGAAAUUAAAACGAAAUAAAUACGUGAAAAUUGUAAAAAAAAAGUGAAUAAAAAUAGAACAAGAUGUCAGGUAGAAAAAGGCAUGGUAAUUCCAAGAGGGCAACUGAUGAAGAAAAAGAAUCGACCUUUGGCAAGCAAAGGACUGAAGGACACCGACUGACAAAAUGGCAGACACCAAGCAACUCCCUCAAACGCCCCGAUUUCGAUCCACCAGGCAGCACGGAGCAUGAAGCCAAUCCGAGCUCCAGACAGUAUGCACAAAGUAGUAUAAAUUCGCAGCUAAUGACAGGAAAUGCACGGAAAUCUGAUCCGGAUUGUAUGGGAAAACCAAGCUCGGCAGCCAGCCGUCAUGAUGUUUUGCUUUCGAACGACACAUCGAGCUGGGGAAAUAUCAAGAGUAUCUCAGAACUUUCGAUGCCUGCAAAGCCCUACUCUUCGAGACGUUCGCAUUCGACUCACAGAAGCUCAACGAAAAGUAGUAAAAACUUAAAGCAAAACAAAGAAAACCAAAUUAAAGCUGAUGAAAAUCAGAAAAUCCAAGUUAAAGCUCAGACUCCAGUUUAUUCUGGCUGGAGUAACUAUGAACACGAUGCCAUCGUUGAAGGGCGACCAGGCUCACGAAAUUUAUUGAACGAAAUGGAUCCGAAUAUAGCUCUAGACGGUUGGGCUCCAGAAAGUGAAGGUAAGAACCUGAAGCCCUUAGCUAAUGCCAUGUGGAAAAACGAUUUUGAAGCCGCAGAGCAGUUAUCAAAAAGUAAACGAAAGUCCAGUAGGUCCGAUCCAAAGUCACCUGAUAAACGUUCGCAGACAUUGAAUGUUAAAGAGAAAGUCCUAAGAGAGAACUUACCAACCGAAUUGGCGCAAAAAAGUUCCGUUUCAGCACCUUUAGAUACUAUAGAAAAGCAACCCGCUGCGGAAGUUUUACAAAGAAGCAUCUCUAGGUCCAGGAAAAAGGUGAUUCCAGAUCCUACGGCCUACUUUUCGGAGGCAGAGGGCAAUAGGAGCAUAUAUAAGCGUGGUCGCACUAGAUCACAAUCAAGAGCUAGGAUCCAGAAGGAAAUCAACAAGACAAAUACUCCACAACUGGCCAAUGAAGAUGCCAGCUCCAGUAAUAAAAAGUUGGUGGAACCGGCAAAGAAAAAUCAGACUUUAGGUACUAGCGGCAGAGAUCAGAAAAAUAAUCAAAAGGAUAAAAAUGACUUUGGCUACACAAAAGACGAAAAGAACAUGGCCAAGACGAAGCCUCCUUUUCAGGACGUUAUCGAAUGCUUUGACCUGGAUACAGAUGAUGGGGAAUCGGAGAGUGAAUUUAAAGCAAUCCAUAAUAAAAGGGAUAUUUUAAAGCAGGCAGCUGGGGUUUCCAGCUCCUUGAACAAAAAGUUACACGAUUCUGCAGAUGAGAAUGACUUGAAAUACUUUAAACCUAUAAAACAAAGUGAAGCCCCAAAAAAUGAUAGUGACAAAACGGAGCCUUUUUCUACACAAUUAGCAAAUAAUUCUAGGAAAAGUAAAGCGGUAACCAAUCAAAACAAUGAUGGUCAUUAUAUAGAAGUGCUUUCUGACGUUGUUCUUAAAAGAAGUGUCAAAGAGAAAAUAAAGGACGAUAAGCAGGACGAAAUCGACAGGCGCCCUAAAGCUGAACUUAAAUCUUUGCAACCAAAUGAUGAACCGCAAUCUAUAUGCGAAGAGAUCCCGACAGCGGAGGAAGUGUUUCACAAACCGCCUCUAGUACCAGCAGAUCCCAACUACCAAAAGUUACACGAUUCUGAACAAGGGAAUGACUUGAAAUACCUAAAGAUUAAACAACAAAAUCUAGCCAGGAAUGACAGAAUUUCAAAAAAUGAUAAUGAAAAAACUGAACCUUUUUCUUCUAAAAACGAUUUUGUCGACCAUAAUGCACAAUUAGCAAAUAAUUCUAGGCAAAGUGAAGUGGUAACCAAUCAAAACAAUGAUGGCCAUUUUGUAGAAGUGCUUUCUGACACUGUUCUUCAAAGGGGUGUCGCAGAGAAGCUAGAGGACGAUAAGCAGGACGAAGAUAUCCCGACAGCGGAGGAGUUGUUUCGCAAACCGUCUCUAGUACCGGCGGAUCCCAAGGAAAUCGAAGCUGAAAUAGAUGCACGUCUUAAGGACGAACUGGAUUCCCUACCUCUGGUGAAGGGCGAAGAGUCCGACGAUGCUGUGGAUCCACAGAAAGUGCAUACUGCAGACAAUAAAUUGCCGCUGAAACAGAAUCAGAUAUGCAAACCUCCGAUUCCAGCAGUUAUCAAUUAUCCUUUGGUUAAUAACAUGGUCAAACCGGGCGUUUAUCAGAUGGCCAAGCCAGUGGCUGCCCAUCAGCUUGGCACCUUGGCAAAUGUGCCGAUAGUCACGCGAGUGAAGGGAGCUCAGGGUGAGGACAUAUCCGUGAAGUACACCACAGCACCCGAUGGCCUGAUCACGAGUGUGCAGGUGGUGCCGCCAGCGAUGCCUCAGGCUCAGCAAAGCACGAAGCUGGAGAGCUUUACGGCCAGCCAGUUGCACCAGAUAUUGCAGAGUGGGCAACCGUAUUUGGCCCUGCCGAUGACCAGUUCUGGAAGUCCGGUGGCCAUGAUGAAGGAGCCACUAAAGCCCAGGGAUGCUGCCUUUCCGCCGGAAGCAGCUGUUGAAGACGAGGAGGUGGACUUCGAGGAAAUCGGUGUGGCCGACACUUUUGCGGCCUACUGGCCCAGUAAGCUCAAGUUUGGCCGGGCCCAUCCGGACUCGGUGGUGGAGACGGCCACCUUGUCGUCCGUGGAACUGCCCGAUAUCAGUUACCAGUUGCAAUUGCCCGCGGAAACCACCGACUGCCUGAGUGCCCUGCAACUGGAGGCAGUGGUCUAUGCCUGCCAAGCGCAUGAGCAGAUCCUGCCCAGCGGCGAGAGAGCUGGCUUCCUACUGGGCGACGGAGCCGGCGUGGGAAAGGGCCGCACCAUUGCUGGCAUCAUCUUCGACAACUAUGUGAAGGGCAGGCGUCGUGCCCUUUGGAUCUCCGUCUCCAAUGACCUCAAAUUCGAUGCAGAGCGGGAUCUGGCCGAUAUAGGUGCCCACGAUAAGGUUCAAGUGGCGUGUAUCAGCAAGUUUAAGUACAGUCGCAUCGACUCCGAGGAAAACGAGAACUUCCGAAGGGGUGUGAUAUUCUGCACAUACACGGCACUCAUAGGAGAAUCGCUGACGGCCAACUCGAAGUACAAGACGCGACUGCGCCAGUUGGCCAAUUGGCUGGGCAAGAAGUUCGAAGGGGUGAUCGUGUUCGACGAGUGCCACAAGGCCAAGAACCUGAGUCUCAUGAACGUGGGCAAGUCCACCAAGACGGGCACGACUGUGCUGGAGCUGCAGAAGCUGCUGCCCAAUGCCAGGGUGGUCUAUGCCUCGGCCACCGGAGCCAGUGAGCCCCGGAACAUGGCCUAUAUGGUGCGAUUGGGGCUCUGGGGUCCCGGCACCGCCUAUCCGGAGUUCUAUGAGUUCGUGAAUGCGGUGGAGAAGCGGGGCAUUGGGGCCAUGGAAAUCGUGGCCAUGGACAUGAAGCUGAGGGGCACCUACAUAGCGCGCCAACUGAGCUUCAAGGACGUGAGCUUCCGCAUCGAGGAGGUGGCCAUGCCGAAGGAGUUCCGAAAGAGCUACAACCUGGCCGCCGAACUCUGGGCCGAGAUAAACAAGAAGUUCCAGAAGGCCUGCCGCCUGAUGUGCAUCGAGAAUCGGGUGCAGAAGAUCAUCACCUGCCAGUUCUGGUGUGCCCAUCAGCGCUUCUUCAAGAACCUGUGCAUCGCCUCCAAGGUGAGCCACGUGGUCAAGAUGACGCGCCACUCCACCCGAUCGGGCAAGGCGGUGGUCAUCGGCCUCCAAUCGACGGGUGAGUCGCGCACCCUCGAGCAUCUGGAGCGGCACCAUGGCAAGCUGAACACCUUCGUGUCCACCUCCAAGAUGAUCAUCCAGUCCUUCGUCGAGAAGCACUUCCCAGCGCCCAAGCGCGACAGCUUCCACCAUCUCCUCAAUACCGGUGUGUUUGAGCCGGAAUCCCGUUCCCGACCGCCAAGACCCAAAAAGGCCAAGAUGAAUCCCGACUGGUUCGAUGACGAUAUGGACGCCGAGGCCGGCGAAAGUGACAUCGAGAUGUACGAGAGCAGCUGGAAUGCGGACGAUGAGCGUGUCAAGUCGGGACGAAAGCGGCGAGGACGACCGCCCAAAUUGGACAAAGUAGAGAAGAUCACCAUGCAGGAGCGCAUUCUGCAGCAUUUAUGCAAUAAUAUGAGGGCUCAGGAUAACGAUGGCGAACCCACCUACACUUUUGACAACACAAAGCCACAGAAGGCAAACAUCACCGAGCGGGAUGUGGAGCGAUGCAUCAACUCUCGGGAACUGCUGCUCGAGAAGAUCGAAAUCCUGGGCAAACGGCUGCCGGCCAACACGUUGGACAAGCUGAUCUCUGAGCUGGGUGGAACCAAUCUGGUGGCCGAGAUGACUGGUCGACGGGGCAGAGUGGUGCGAACGGAGUGCGGUGGCUACAAGUACGAGUCGCGUUGCGAGAGUGACUCCUCGAUGGAUUUGGUCAACUACCGGGAGAAGCAGCGUUUCAUGGACGGCAGCAAGCAUGUGGCCAUCAUUUCGGAGGCGGCAUCCAGUGGAAUUUCUCUUCAAAGUGACAAGCGAGUGUCCAACCAGCGACGUCGUCUGCACAUCACCCUGGAACUCCCAUGGAGUGCGGACAGGGCCAUCCAGCAAUUUGGACGCACUCAUCGCUCCAAUCAGGUCAACUCCCCGGAAUAUGUGUUCGUGAUCACCGAUCUGGCCGGCGAACGUCGUUUUGCCUCGACGGUGGCCAAACGACUGGAGAGUUUGGGAGCCCUCACCCAAGGCGAUCGACGGGCCACCGAUGCCCGUGAUCUGUCCCAGUUCAACAUCGACAACAGCAUCGGUCGCAGUGCCCUGGAGAGUGUGAUGGAACAGCUGACGGGGGCGAAGCCACUGGAACAGGACCACAUUCCGCAGUCCUACAAGGGCGAAUUCCCCCGCGAUUGCUGUGUGGCCAUGGCCGGCGUGGGAAUGCUCAAGGUGCGCGAGGAGAACAAGAUCAAGCUCUUCAGCGUGGAGAAGGACAGUAACAACAUCUCCAAGUUCCUCAAUCGCAUCCUGGGCUGCCGCGUUGAGGUGCAGAAUGCCCUGUUCAAAUUCUUUCUGGACAAGAUGUACUCACUGAUCAUGCAAAUGAAGCGCACAGGACGUUUUGAUCUGGGUAUUCUAGAUCUGGAUGCCCAUGGGGCCAGUGUAACGUCCAUCAGGCUGAUGAGGUUCGCCAGGAAACAUGCCACUGGAACGGCAGCCACUGAACUUCACACGGUGUCUGUGGAGCGUGGCAUGUCCUACGAGACAGCCCUGGCCAAAUACCGUAAAGAGGGCCAGCACGAACACGACGGUUUCUAUGUCCUGCAGCAGCUGCGCCAUGAUAAGAACUCCUCCAUAUUGUGUCUCCAGGCUCAAUCGAAUGCAGCGGAUGUCGGAGCACCCGGCAAGAUCAACCUACAGAUCUACAGACCCAAUACGGGUCCCCAAGUGCGCUUGGAGACACUUCGCUCCAUAACAUCUCGAUACAAGAAGGUAACUCCCGAAGAGGCACACAAUUUUUGGAUGGAGCAGUAUAGUUUGUGCUUGAAUAAGUGUUCGCAUGUCUACUGGAAUCGGGUCUGCCCGUUUCCGCCGGGCUGUGAAGUAGGUCUACGGGAACGCAUUUACCACGUUCUGUCCGGCUUAAUGCUGCCCAUUUGGGACCGGAUCGAGCAUAUCAUCGAGAAGAACGGCCACAAGAUCCAGAUCAUACGCGUGAAGACCGAUGUGAACAAGAAAAUUGUGGGCACUGUGGUGCCCAAUGCCGUAUACGAUGCCCUGGUGGCCGAUUUGUCAUCGGACUCCAUCGUGGCGAGCCAUUAAAAUGGCACCGACCCACACACAAGAUAUGACACACAAUCGCAGCCUGCAGACCUUCGAGGUUAUACUCAUACCGUCAGCCGGCCUCUAUUGCCACUUUAAAAAUAUCAACUCAAAUUGUGGCAUUCAAGGCAAUACAUGUGGCGUAAGCUUUCGCUUUUUCCAAAUGCCAGGCACGCUCCACCAGCUCCUCCGUUCCCGGCCAUAAACAAUGGCCACAAAAGCACAUACGGGAAGACACUUACAGCUCGUCUGCGUGCGUAUGUGAUUCAUAUGUAUUGUCUGCAGUGCCAGUGCUGCGGGCUCUGCUACAAAAACACACGAAAAAAUAAAGG